AUGGAUUGUCCGGACGCGCCUCUAACGGGGGACUCGGAGCCACCAUGCUUCCACGCGGCCACGACUUCAACGAAAGAACCGUGCUUAGACGCCGUGUCGUUACCGGCGGAUGAUCAUGAUUGGAGCGGCAUGAGCAUGAGCAGGGACGAGCUGCGCCUCAUCCAAGCAGCGCUGCAGCGUGCCCAGCAGCAGCCCGGUGUAGUGCUGCUGGGUGACUCCGCUUUCACCCAGCUGCCGGCUUUCACCCCCGAGAAGCAAAGGCUGUGGGAGCCCGACCCGGAAUUCAGUCCGGAGCACGCAGGGUUGGCGCCUGCGGAAAUUGAGAGGGAGAGUCCGGUUGCAGCAGCAGCACCCUCAGCAGCAGCAGGGCCUCCGCAGGAUGAUGGGAGAGGGGUUCUUGGGGAUCGAGUAGUGUCCCCUCCCAACCCUCUGCUGACCCAGAUUCGGAAAGAGUCUCGGCUUCCCCAUCUGCUGCUUCCUGCGCCGCUGCUGACUCAGCCGCUGCCGCCCAAUCAGCAGCUGCCAACUCAGCCGCCUUCGCAGCUGAGCACCUAUCCUCCUCCGCCUGCUUGUUGCUCCUUCCCCUCGCCGUCCGUCCCCCCCGUCCGCAACCCCUUCCCUACCUUCGUACCAACUUUUGGCACGAAGCGAAGGCUUCUAACUUCUCAGAUCAAUGACCUAUCUCAAAUGGACGCUCUUCAGGCGAAGAAACGGUUAUGCGGUAACCCUGCUGCUGCUGUAAAUACUGGCCUCCCUCUUGCUGCAAUCACUGCUGCUGCUGCUGCUGCUGCUGCUGCUGCUGCUGCUCCUGCUGCAGCCAUUGAAUCACGCGCUGCUGCUGUUGCUGCUGCUGGUGUCUUCUCUAGCAGCAGCAGGAGCCUCGUUUCCAACGAAAGAAGAGCGGAUUGUAUUGCCAAGCUCGAUGCACCGUGGGAUGCAGCAGCAGCCCUUCCUGCUAUGGCCGCUCCGGCCCACGCAACACACUCCGGAGGGGUGGGACUCGCUGGGGCUGUUGCAGCAGCAGGGGCGAGGCAAAUCAGCGGGAAGAGUGCUACAGAGAAACAGCGGCGAUCCAGAAUAACAGAGCGACUAGAGGCCCUCAAGGCAGCGAUACCAGCGGAGGUGCUUCUGAGGUAG